GUUGCUGAUGAUGUGACCAUUGUUCUGCUAAAUACUAAAAGAUAAUUGCGAUAUUCUGAUAAAUGUGGUUAAGGAGAUUGUCAAUAUGAUGCAAAUAAUCUUGUUUAUAUCUGAAGUUUUUAUCAAUGUAAAAUGACGGACAAAAAAAGCGAAUAUUUCCACCCCGAUGGGGGUUAUGGAUGGGUUAUAGUUACCGCUAUAAUUUUUAUAAAUGUAUCACUGCUUAUACUAGUCCCAAAUUUCGGGUUAAUCUUCGAAGAUGAAUUCAAAGAGAUGGGCAUCAACGCGGCCCAAAAGUCGUUUUUGCUCCACUUAAACAGCGCGAUUUUUUGCGUUUUCGGACUUUUCGUUAGCCCGUUUCUUAAGAAGUUUAGUUUUAGACAGGUGGGCAUAGUUGGCGCCACCUUGAUGUGCUCUGGAAUUUUUUUCGCCAGUUUUGCGCAUUCUUAUGAGGCUCUUAUUUUGUGUAUUUCAAUAUGCAUGGGUAUUGGACAGGGUAUUUUAAUGCCAGCCACAUACUUAGCCACAAAUACUUACUUCAAAAAGAAACUUACAGUAGCUGUAAGCAUUUCUGUCACGGGAGCCAGUAUUGGCCAAAUAUUCAUGCCGAAAAUUAUAGUUCUACUAUUGGAGAAUAUCGGUAGAGCUUACACGAUUCUAGUACUUUUCGGAAUAUCUUUGACAUCAUUGCCAUGCUGUCUAUUAAUGAAACCACUGGAAAAACCAAUUAUAGAAAACAUGCUGCCGAGAGCAGAAGGAAAGACCGACUCUGUAUACAAUGAGACUACGGUGAAAAAGCAGGAAGAAACUUUAGCUAAAAAACUAAUGGAUUUGUUUGAUGUAGAGCUCCUUAAACAAAGGUCUUUCAUGACUAUUGUGGUUGUCUUGGGGUUAUCGUUCGCAGCCGAACUGAAUGUGGUGCUUAUGAUGCAAUUUAUUUUGGCCAAGUUGGCCAUGUUAAACAAACAAGAUAUAGCUACGACCAUUAUGUUUCAAUACAUAGGUGAUAUACUUGGCAGAUUAGCUAUACCUCUGAUAUCACAUUGCCUUAAGGUUCCUCCAAAAGUUUGUUACUCGUUGGCGUUGAUAUUCGCUUGUUUUGCUAGGACAGGCUUGGCAGUAUUAUAUACUUCAUAUUACUCGGUAAUAUUUUUCUGUUUUUGUUUUGGACUAUCCAAAGGUGCUAGAGCUGUGUUUCAAUCUGUGAUUAUACCAAAAUUCGUAACCUUCAAUAAAUUACCAGUCGCAACUGGUAUAAACAUGUUGUUUACAGGCGUAGCCACACUAAUAUUAGGGCCUGCAUUGGGUGGAGUCCAUGAUUUAUCAGGCUCCUAUGUAUAUUCCCUUCACACCACUUCAAUCAUAUCAAUGAUAUGCAUUUUAAUAUGGCUACUGGAAUGGUUUUUCUUUACGUUAAGAGCAAAAAGGGAACAAAAUAUGGAUGAAACUGUUGAAAUAUCCUAAGUACUAGUCACAAUCACAAAGCCAUAUAAACUAAUAAGACUGGUAACUCAAAUAUUAUAUAAAGUAAGUUUUAAGGCAUCUUUAAAUAGGUAUUAAAGGAGUUUUUUU